AAACAAGAGUAUUAUUUAAAAAACAACAACACACUUGAUUUCAAGAGCACAAAUGAGCACACAAAUAAAUAUCUUCUGAAUGAAUGUAAACAAAACAAUGUACAGAUGAUAUAUUCAUGUGUUUUGAAAGGGCAGAAACUAUAACAGACAGGUAAAGUACAUUUCCAAAUAUGGUCACUCUUACACAGAUUCUGAGUAGGUGUAGCUUGCUAAGCCAACUAAACCUUAGAAUUCCUAACGAAUAAUAGUAGUACUAAAUAGGCCUAUGUGCCAUUUCAUUGGCCACAGGUUGUAUUCUAAAUCCAUUUUAUUUACAGACGAACAGCUGAGAAAAGCCCUUUAGUUGUUUGUUGCUCAUUUUGUUGGAUGUUGCAUUUACGUCAUAGCUACUAGGUGAUUACUUUUGCAACACAUGGCAGAUCGUCAAUAAGAAAUAACAGUGGAAAUAUCAGUUAUUAUUAGAACUCUCUUUUUUAUAAUGAACUUCAAAAAUGUUGGUAUGUUGGGUGUUUUGUAACAGACUCACAUCAAACUAGAUCUACAAACCAAGUCAGAUGCUGAGAUAAGAUACUUUAAGGAUGGGGCAUGUGCAAUCAAAGCGUAAGAAGGAGAAAAAGCGACGACAUAAGAUGGGCCAUUUGUCCGAUAUAAUGAAGUGCGUUUGUGACAGAGAUUCUGAUAACAUACACAAGGUCGCAGGACACCGGAUAUACAGAGAUUCAUCCAACCUUGACCAAUUCUCAAACAGUAGUGGUUACUUUUCGUCUUGUGAACGUUCGCCAAGUUUGUCGGGUACAGAACAUGACUGGACGAGAAUUGGUGAAGACCCGUCGUGUGCUACAUACAAUGUGAAUAAUGGAGGCGGGUCCUCAAUGAGUGCUUUAGAGGAACUAUACACAUACAAGGGAAUUCCAUUCGAUGAUCAUCCUGCACUUACUAAGCUUCAGAAUGAACAAAAUACUCGUUUGGAGAACAUGGAACAUAGGAUGAAUAGAAUCCGGACUAAUGCUCAAAAAGCUUACGAACGUAAGAAAUUUGCUCACAUAUUUCGUGCAAAGAAAGAUGACUGUAAGACUGACCAGCUCUUGCAAGAGGCUCGGGAUCUCUUGCAGCAGAAUAUUGAAAUGCAUAAUUCAGGGACAGAUACAGAGGAGUAUUCAGGGGAGAUAAUUCCUGUCAAGUUUGUUGAUGACUCAAGGAAAGAAACUCAUGACACUGACAACCAAAGUUAUCUGCACCUGGCAACAUUUGGAUCAUUAAGAUUCAGUGAGCCUGUGUUGCUGUUGGUAUUGCCGUUCCUGCUGCCGGUGUUCAUCAUCGUUGCCGUGAUCCGCGGCAUGGCAGACAUCUUUCAGUGGAACAAAUCAGGCAGAAAACAUCGCAGAAAUUCUUGAAAGACAUGGAACCCCAAAAUACUAGAGAAAGCUGUACAAAAGCCUUGAAGUAAAUAACUACCCAUAAAGUGAUCUCUAGGAAUCCCUCAUCCUCAGUGAUCUUCUAGUCAAUGAGUUCUAGAAGAAAAUACUGUGUUUGGAAAAUGGGUAAAUCUUGAUAGAAUCUCUACCAACAGAUCAACUCUUGAUACUCAACAAUACUUGGCGGCAGGACAAUUGAGCCAGAAACUGUGUAAUACAAAGAAAACAGUUUGGAUUGAAGAAAAAACGUCACAAGUUCUGUUAAAUAAAUAAUUAAAAAUAAUCUCUAUAAAUUUUUUAACAAACUUGGUUUUGUGACUGCAUCUGAAAUGGAUACAUAACACCAUUGAGGGAAACAUUCUUAACACAGUGACAAACAUGACGAAGCUUAGAACGUACACAAAAACAAAUAGCUGUUUUUUAGUAGUUGGCCUUAUAAAGAACACACCCAUUGGGACUUUUUAAUUACAUUUGAGGCAUUGUAUGGAGUUCUGGUACUGAUUCUGUAGUGUUAGAAACCCUGAUUAUUCAUUGCAAUAAAUUGAGUCAUUUAAAAAAAACCUUACAUAUUGUAUGAUACUGGUACUACAAGACCUGUGGAUUAGUAUAAAGGGCAUACUGAUGUUUUCCAUCUACAUCAUAAUAGGAGAAAAUUAAAUGCUUUCAUAAAAUUGCAAGAAUUAUUAAGAGACAUGCAGCUGUCAUUAUCUACAGACAUCAUUAUAUACCAAUUAGGUACCAUUGGACUGUUACUGGAAAUGUGUGAAUGAAAGAAUCUCUUUACAGGAAUAUUGUGAAAACAAUGAGUCAGGCAAUGCAUUUAUUGUGUAAGUCAAAGGUUUGUCUUAAAAAAGAAAUAUGAACAGGAUGUGGUCCCUUAUUCAGCUUCAAUUCUACAAAAAGCUGGUAAAUUUGUCAUUUAUGGAACACUCAUUUGCCUGUACAUGUUUUUUAACAAUGCUUCCUCAUUUUAGGCAUUUUACUCUGACAAGAUUAUUUAGGACGUUUAAAGAGCAUGGGAUUUUUAUGGGACAUUUGUGUACACCUUUCAUUGUCUUGUACAUCCAUACUCAGCUUAGUUUUGUAUAUUGGUGACAUUUUGUGCAAUAUAAAUAAUGUAUAGGGAUGUAAUUUGUUGUUUGGAUUAAAGAAGCCAAGUACAUAAAGCAUUUUUGCAAAGAACAGCUUUUAUAUAUGAUACCAAAAUACUCAAUAGCUUGACUCUUCAUAAUUUAUUUUUCAAAUUUAGUUCUGUCGUUGAUAUUUCUAUUUAUUAAAUUUGAAUAUUUCAGGCAUUUGUGAUCAGAGAAUUGUAUAAAUAUUUGUAUGGAUAACAGUAAUGUUCAUCUCCUAUCUACAUUAUCUCCAAUAAUGAUAUUAUUAUUCAGUUUCUUUUUUAUCCAUCUGUUUCUCGAAGAAAAAGUUGUGGUUUUGUUAUAGCCUUAGUGUCAUUGUCUCACAAAAACUUGAACAAAGGCAUUAACCAAAAAAAGUUGCAAGAUUUUCAAAUGAAACUUGGUACAAAGGUUGCCAGAGACAAUAUGCACAUGUACAGCUGUACAGGCUACAGGACAACAAAUGAUAAUUUUUUUGCAAAGUUAGCUAGCAAUAAUGAAUGUUUUCACAGUCCAAAGUAUUCACAAAAAAGCAUAAAUCCUUUUAAAAGGUUGUUGCCAAACAGGUCUACUGGUUAGUUUUUCAAACAAAAGCCAACAAAACAGUUCUAUUUUGUCUAUGUUGUUGAAAUGUCAAACUGUUUAAUGUUUAUAUCAUUGUAAACAUGAAUUUGCAGUACCUGCAGUAGAACAAGGCAAUGCAAAAUAUGACUCCAAAAUAUGCCCAAUUCCAGUUUAGGUCUAGUUCUUUUCUUCUUCUUAUUAUUAUUAACAGUUUCUUCAACAGGGGUGUGAUAUGUCCAGGGAUUGGCAGAACUCUGCAGAUCUAUUAAUAGGGCUACAGGAUUUUUUUUAGUUUAUUUUUAACUGAUUAAAAAUAGUUAACUAGUUGAUUUUGGUUGUUACUUUAUUUAUUUAUGAAAUUAUUUAUCAAAUUUGAAGUGAGGAGAGCCCUCAGCCAGUUUUGCUUCUGCAGCAGGGUGCUUUGACCCUUUGAUCUCCAUUGGUGACAGAGUCGCCCAAACCCAUCAAAAUGGUUUCAGCCCUUCAGCUCCCAGGUCAAUCUCAUCCCUGUUUAACUAUAUACUUUUUGACAUUAUAAGGAUACUAAGACAUCAACUAACGAAUGGAGAAACUUCUUUUUCCAUCUGUUGGAAAAAAUCAUAUCCAUAAUCAGACAUCAGAGUGUUGCAACAAGUUGCAAUAAAACGCUUAAUGUUGAAACAUCAAGAAAAAAGCUUUUUUCAUACAGUCUGAUCUUGGCGAGAGGGGCCCUCGUCCUUACUGAUGUACCAUACAUCUCACGUACAGUGCUCUUGUGUGUAUCAUCUCAAUCUUAUACUAGAAUAUCAUUAUGACAAGACUUAAUCUGAAGUCAGUAUUUAUUUUGUUUUGAAUCUGUAUCUGUACAUGACAUAUUUAUAUUAUGUGUUCAGGAAUAAAAUAUAUAAAACCAA